AACCUGAACGAGCCACCAUAUUGCGUCACAUGUUGAGUUCACCAAUUUGACUUUUUGUGGGUUCAGAUGGUAGUUCUCGAUGUUCCCAAUCGUUUUAGAAAGUCAAGUUUAUAACUGAAACUGUAUUUAGCGUUUUGAACACUAGCUACAAGUAUUUUGUGGACUUUUGAGUUUCUUGAUUUGUAUGACAUACAAUACAGUUCUCAAUCGUUUGAAAUAAGAUACGACACUGCAGUGUGUUGACAUAUUAGCUAGCUAGCUAACUUGCUAGCUCAUUGACCAGUUUCAGGGGGAAAAAAAAUAGCUACAGAUGCGGCUAAAGGAUCCCUUCUCGUUGAAAGUCGUCGGCAUGACUAAGCGGACUAACAAGCCAAGGAAGCCUCGAGAUGAAGAGUCGUCGGACGAAGUUAGCGAGCUGACCUGCCAGCAUGUCAGCAAGGCGGUGGACCUGAGCUCAGUCAAGAAGGCGGUGACCUCGAGCAUGUGGUCGAUGUGUUCAGAUUGCCUGAGGGAAAGGACUAUGAUAGAUGGAGAGCCAGCCAGUGGCCACGACAUCCUCGUAUGCCUCAAGUGCGGCUUCCAGGGCUGUAGCCAGUCAGAGAGCCAGCACUCCACCAAGCAUCACCAAACCCUCCACCCUGAGUCCCACUGCAUCACCGUUAGCCUCGGCACCUGGAAGGCCUGGUGUUUUGAAUGUAACGAAGAGCUCUCCACUCACUGCAAUAAGAAGGCUUUGGCCCAGACCCUGGACUUCCUACAAAAGCACUCUGUCAAGGCAGCCUCAGGAACCACAUCGAAAAUGAUCAAGCUUAGAGAGGAGCCCAGCGACUAUGCAGACCAGUCCAGAGGGAAGAGUCCAGUCAACAACAGCACACUGGUCCUGGUCAAAGGCAUCAACAACCUCGGAAACACCUGCUUCUUUAACGCAGUUAUGCAGAAUCUGUCCCAGACUCACAUGCUGAACGACCUGAUACAGGAUGUGAAGGAGAAGGGACACAAGCUGAAGAUCUGCCCCCCUGCCGAGUCAAACGUGGGGGCGUUGACGGUGACUCUGCCCAGCCCAGAGCCCCUGACCUCGGCCAUGUUCCUCUUCCUACACAGCGUGAAGGAGUCUGGGAAGGGCCCUGUCAACCCCAAGAUCCUUUUCAACCAGCUCUGCCAGAAGGCUCCACGCUUUAAGGGCUACCAGCAGCAGGACAGCCAGGAGCUGCUCCAUUACCUACUGGACUCCAUGAGAGUAGAGGAGACUAAGCGGAUCAAGGCGGGCAUUCUGAAAUCCUUCAACAACCCCACAGAGAAGACUGCAGAUGAUGAGACCAAACGCCAAGUCAAAGCAUACGGGAAGGAGGGUGUGACGAUGAACUUUGUGGAUCGCAUCUUUGUGGGGGAGUUGACCAACACCAUCAUGUGUGAGGAAUGUGAGCAUAUCUCCACAGUGAAGGAAGCCUUCAUUGACAUCUCCCUGCCCGUCAUUGAGGAGCGGAUGUCCAAGCCGUCCAACCCGGGCAGGACUGGGAAGAGCAGUCGGGAGCAAGAAGCUCACGUCUCCCACGGUGGCGAGAUGCUUUCCGCAGUGCUCAAUAAGAACAGCAGGAAACUUAGCGGACAGAAGCAGCAGCAGGGCCAGAAGUCCCCUGGCUCUGUGGAGGAGAAGGGGGCAGACAGCCCCUCAGACCACCCCGAGGAGGAGUCCCCCUCCGUAAUGGCCCGUGCCGCAGGAGGUUCCAAAAUGGCCGCCACCAGCAGCCUAUCGGAUGGCAGCGAUAAAGACUCAGGCCCUCAGGAAAGUAGCAAUGACGCAGACAGCGAGGCCUCGGAGAGCGAGUGGAUCCCCCGGCAUCCCUCGGGCCACAGCCAUGGUGGCAGAGGGUCCACUCCUACCCAGUCUCCCACCCCGCCUGCCCUCUCCCCCAGGACCCAGCAGGGUGGUGCUGUGGAGCAGCUGGUCAGUGCAGUGCAUAAGAUGAACCUGGGCCCUGAUUCAGGGGACUCACCCUCCACACACUGUCCUGAGGACCAGAGGGAGCCCCAACCUCAACAUCCUCAACAGUCUCCUCACUCCAACCACCAGGGGGCAUUCAAGGCACUGUCCCACAGCUACACGCCCUGCUCCAAGGAGUGCUCCAUUCAGUCCUGCCUUCACCAGUUCACCUCGGUGGAGCUUCUGAUGGGCAACAACAAGCUGUUGUGCGAGAGCUGCACAGACCGCCGGCAGAAACAACUGCGGAAGAGCACCUCAGUAGAGAAGAAGUCUGACAAGGUGUACACCAGCGCUCGCAAACAGAUGCUGAUCUCUUCGCUGCCCCCGGUGGUCACUCUGCACCUGAAACGCUUCCAUCAAGCAGGGAUGAACCUACGAAAAGUCAACCGUCACGUCAACUUCCCUCUCAUCCUGGACCUGGCGCCGUUCUGCUCGGCAUCCUGCAAGAACCUGGUGGCAGGGGAGCGUGUGCUCUACAGCCUGUAUGGCAUCGUGGAACACAGCGGGUCGAUGCGCGGGGGCCACUACACAGCAUACGUAAAGGUCCGUUGGCCCCAGAGGAGAACCGAGCAGCCACACCGCAGAAACAUGGCAGGUCCAAGGGAAGCAAGCAGUGCCACACAGGGUCAGUGGGUUUAUGUAAGUGACACCAAUGUCCAUGCGGUACCAGAGUCCAGGGUCCUCAACUCUCAAGCCUACCUGCUGUUCUACGAGGAGAUGCUGUGACUGCCAGAGCACGGAGCUGCCCAACAAUCAUUGGUGUCUCAGUAGACAGAGGAAGAGGGGAAAAAGAGAGAGAGAGACCUGCUUUGGGUAUACCUCUCUCUAAACUUUGACUCCCAAGAGCAUGAAACAUGGCACGUACUACAUGAUGGGAUUGGUAGUUCAUCAGGGACAUAAAGUCACCGUGAUGUUUACUGGACUGCUCAGCAUUGAAGGUUCACCACGCUGGUCCACUUACUGAACGUCCCCAUACCCUUGCUCAUACUUCUGUAUGUGAGAGAGAGAGUUUUAUUUUUUUUUAUUUUAAUUUAUUUCACCUUUAUUUAACCAGGUAGGCUAGUUGAGAGCAAGUUCUCAUUUGCAACUGCGACCUGGCCAAGAUAAAGCAUAGCAGUGUGAACAGACAACACAGAGUUACACAUGGAGUAAACAAUUAACAAGUCAAUAACACAGUAGAAAAAAAGGAGAGUCUAUAUACAUUGUGUGCAAAAGGCAUGAGGAGGUAAGCGAAAAAUUACAAUUUUGCAGAUUAACACUGGAGUGAUAAAUGAUCAGAUGGUCUUGUACAGGUAAAUACACCAAUAUUGGUGUGCAAAAGAGCAGAAAAGUAAAUAAAUAAAAACAGUAUGGGGAUGAGGUAGGUAAAAAUGGGUGGGCUAUUUACCGAUAGACUAUGUACAGCUGCAGCUGUACAUAGUGAGCGAGAGAGUGGCAGAAUAGUAGGUUUGAUUAAAUGUACAAAAAAAAUGCUGUGUUAUUUAUAUUUUACAGCCUGCUGUGGUGAAUACGAAUUGUAUUUUUUGUAGAACAUGCGAAUGUGUGACUAUCAUUAAAUGGUGAUUGCCAAAAGAGUUUUUGGUAAGGGAAAUUAUAUAAAAUUAUGGGAAACAUAUCAAAAGACUUUAAGUACCAAAAGAAUGUGAUCUCAAACUAUUCCUGAAUGGAGAGGUCCAUCAUGUGGCAGGCCAUCCGAGUGUGUUUCAGACCAAUACAUUACUGUGUUGGGUCGGCACUGUUUUUUUCAAAUCCUAGUUCUAUUAAAUAUGCACACUGGUGCACAAACAAUCUCUAACCACACAGAUACAAACACAUUGUGACGUUUAACAAAGAGACAUUGCUACAUAUAUGAAUGCCAGCUCGCCGGACAAUAAACGAUUGUUUUCAUUUCAUUUAGUAUUUUUAUCCCCAUAUGUUCUGCUGUAGUUAAACUAACGUGUGUUGAUCAAUCUUGGGAUUCAAAUGUGUCUCACCAUUUAUGUUUAAUUGUUCUGCAACAUUUUUUUGUGGGGAAUGAAAUGGAGAUAUUUCAUCUGUCGAUUGUUGGGAAAUUGCCAAAUUAUUCUGGUCAAAUGAGAGAUUUCUGUAAGUAAAGAUACGUUUUUUUGUCCCCCCCCCAAAAAAAAACAAAUAAAUACUCAGUGCCUACA